GCCCAUUUGAAGACAGCCCAACCAAGCAAUACAAAAAACCCCUACACUCUCAAGCGCUCGCUUUUCUGAUCUUGCAAUUAGGGUUAGGGUUUUUGAUUCACUGUUUGAUGGAUGCUCUCAGUUUUUCUAUACAAUUGUCUUAAUCGAUCUCCAGUCUCUAUUGAUGAACUCAUUAGGUGUUUUAUUGAGCCGUGUAGCAAUUUCAAAGGAUUGUGAAGGUGUGAUUCAAAGGGUUUUCAACUCUACGAUUUGAAAAAAUUCUUUUCUAAAGUAGAAACCUUUUCAAUCAAUUUGGUUAGGAUUUUUUGGGGAUUUGUUAAUCUUUUCCAUAGUAGAAACCUUUUCAAUCAAUUUGAUUAGGAUUUUUGGAGGAUUUGUUGUUUUUUGGUCAAUUAUAUGGAGCAAGAACCACAGAAAAAGAAACUGGUUGACGAGGGUGGGCAUGAGUCUUUCAAUGCUCCUCCGAUGCUCUGCACGAACAAUUGUGGGUUUUUCGGAAACCCUUCAACUAAUAAUCUCUGCUCCAAAUGUUACAAGGACUAUCUUCUGAAGCAAUCGAAGAUUGCUUCAAUAAUUGAAGAAACCAAAGCUGUGGGUGAAAACAAGGUAGGUGAAGUUCAAGAAGCGAAGUUCUAUGAGGGAACUACUUCGGAGAAUAAGCCGGCGAAUAGGUGCAGCUUUUGCCGGAAGCGGGUUGGGCUGACUGGGUUCAAGUGCCGGUGUGGGCAGACAUUCUGUUCGAUUCAUCGAUACUCUGACGAGCACAACUGCCUGUUUGAUUACAAGAGUGCUGGGCAGGAUGCCAUGGCUAAGGCGAACCCGGUUAUCAAGGCCGACAAGGUUGAGAAGAUCUGAUGGUGAUGAAGGCGAGCUCAUUCGUUGUCAUUGUGGCAUAUUGCUACCUAAAGUAUGGUUUUAAUUAUGCUUUGAUGCAUUAAGAAAUAAAUAUCUAUACUGGUUAUUGCCUUUUUAUGUACAGUUUGGUUGGUUUUGAUGCCUUUUCAAUGGUAUUUGAUUUGAAAAUUUGACUCA